AAGCGGCGGGGCCGGGAGCUCGCGUGUGCAGCAGCGAAUGGUGCUGAAAACGCACGGAGGAUCCUUACUUGGAGACUGAUGAGAAGGGCAAAGCGAGGGGAUUCAGUACUUCUGCUUGUUGAUCUGGCUGUAUACUAGGUACUGAGUGUAGCCGGUAUGAAUGACUGGCAAAAGAAAAGCCCUCUAGACUGGGAGACCUAUGUGAACAAAAGGGUGAAAGUUGCAGCAGAUGAGAAAAAUGAAUACGAAGGAUGGGUCUUAACGGUUGAUCCAAUUUCUGCCAGCGUCGUCCUUGCAAACUUCCCGGAGAAUGAACCCGUGUCCAUUUUAGUUGUGUUAGGCCACGCUGUCCAGGAGGUCAACAUAAUGCAAGAUGCAGAUGACGAGAUGAAGGCACGGCUUUCCCGAAUAUUUGAGCCUGAGGAAACUAAAGCUUACAGCCCAGAGGAGCUCCACAAGAGGAAGAACGACUUGAAAAAGUGGCUGGAAACAAACCACAUCCCUGUAACAGAGCAAGGCGAAUCGGGCAGAACGCUGUGCGUGGCAGGGGUGCUAACCAUCGACCCCCCGUACAGCCCAGAGGAGUGCAGCAGCUCCAACGAGAUCAUCCUGUCUCGGGUUCAAGGCUUGGUACAGAGCUACCUAGAAAAGCAGCAGUGACACCUGCCUAAAGCAGCUGGGCCUGCACACCCCACCUCACAAACUGCUCUGGGUGCCUGUAUCUGCUAUCUGCUCUCUCCAAAAGUGCUGGGUAUAGGUGCCUUUGUCUGAUUUUUGUACUUUAAGAAGGGACUACAAGUGGUGUAAACAAAAAGCACAAAGCAUGCACUGUUAUGUUUAGUUAAAACAAAUGGGUAACACAUUAAACUGCUGUAUCACUGUCA